AUGUCGACGGAAAUAGGAAUGCCCGCUGGUUUGGGCAUUCAAGAAAAAUUUGGGCAUGCUGAUUGGGAUAUUCAAGAAAAAGUAGGGCAUGUAUGCGACGAUGAAGUAGAGUUAGAUGAAGAUGGAAUAGAGAAAUUCCGUGACUAUAACAAUGAUAAUGAUUAUAAGUAUGAUAGUGGUUAUAAUGCACAUGAUAAUUCUCAUGAUGAUCAUCAUUAUGGUUAUCAUGAUGAGCAUUAUGAUGAUGGCAUGUAUGCUGAUGAUGAGUAUGAUGAUAACGAUCAGCAUAAUGAUGAUGAUGAUAAUCAUAAUAAGCAUGAUAGUGAUAAUGAUUAUGAUUAUCGUGAUGAGCAUUAUGAUGAUGGCAUGUAUGGUGAUAAGAAUUAUGAUGAUGAUUAG